AUGUGUGUGUGUGUGAGUGAAAGAGAGAGAGAGAGACAGAGAGAGAGAGAAAGAGAGAGUUAGUCCGUUCUGCUCCUCUUUCACUGCUCCAUCCGGGAACUUCCGAAUUAGCAUUGACAACCGAAGCGCAACUUUUUCCCCAGGCAAAGUGAAAUCAAGCCGCGGACUCGGACAAAAAAUAUAGUUCCUCCCCCUCUUCCACUCCUUUUCGAACUCAAAAUUAGCGAAAGAAAACCCCCCAUCGUGGCUGCAUAACGGAUACGCCUUCAGCUCGCUGUUUGGGCAGUGGAUGUGAGCCCUUUUCGUCGUCUUUGAAGCACUUUUGCGGUUUUUGUGUGUGUGUGUGCUGCUCUGCCGUGGAAGUGAGUGAGUGAUGAGUCUCGUAGCCAGUAAAGAAGCGAGAACUUGCUCAGCAGCCUGAGUAGUUCAUUUCUUUCGAUUGUUAUUAUCGCUUUUUUUGUCCAAAAAAUCACCUUUUUGCACGUAAACUUCACCCUGGUCGCAUCGAAAGUGGAAGAAAAGUGAUUUUGAAGUCGAAGCAUGGAACUACAAGGCCUUCAAGAGGCGUUGAAAGUAGAAAUCCAAUGUCAUCAGGAUGGAGAGCUUAAGAAACAACUACACGAAAGGCAAAGCAGAAUAACAGCCCUAAGCGAAAAACAAAAGCUGGCGGUAAGAAGUUGUCCUGUGGGGACACCAGCCAAGCCCCUCUCCCUCAUCAAGCCGCCCAGCCAGAGCAUAGCCAUCUCCGUGGUGCCGGCCAAGGCUCCCGUUUCCAUGGUGACCGCACACAUUAACGGACAAAAGGCGGCGAGCUCUGAGGCGCUGCAGACGUCCCCCAUCAACCUCCAAACGGCUAACCGAGCGGCAGCCGCCAGCACGCAGCCCCUGAGCCGGAGAACGGGGGAGCUGUGCCACUCACAGAUGUUGGGAACCCUCACAGCAGUCCCCAUAAAGGUGCCUCAGGUCAGCUCUCUGCAUCGGCUGGCAGGGCAUUCGCCCACUGUGCUACCUCAGGUUAGGCCAAAGACUCUGAUCCCGGACAGCCUUCCCCACAGCCCGUGCCAGGAGCAGCAGUCCGGCCAGCCGCUGAGCCUGCCGCGGGGCACGGCCGUGGUCAGCCCCAAGAGCCAAGGCCCGGCUUUGCCAAUCGCCAACAGCACCUUCAGCCCAGAGAGAAUGGCCAGCAGCCAGGGGGACGGCUCCCCGGCCGGCGUCUCCACAGCCAGCCCUGGGGUCGCCUACGCCAUCAUCUCCUCCGCCUCAUCGGCCGGCAACGGAGUGGCAGCCAUGAGCGAGGCUGUGAAAGUGCAGCCACUGAUCUUCAGCCCAGACAGCAAGGUGAUAAUUAUCCAGCCGCAGAUCCCCAGCAGCUCUCAGGGUUCUUCAGGUCCACUGGCUGAGAGCCACCCACAGGAGCCCAGUCCCGCUGCCUCCUCCCCUCACAAGACCAAGAAGAAGGAGGAAGACCCAGAGAAAAUUGCCUUCAUGGUAGCCCUCGGCCUUGUCACUACAGAACACUUGGAAGAGAUCCAGACCAAAAGGCAGGAGAGGAAGAGAAGAAGUACAGCUAACCCUGCGUACAGCAGCCUGUUUGAGCCAGAGCGCAAAAGACUUGCAUCAAAUUAUCUGAACAACCCACUGUUCCUGUCAGCAAGAGACUCUGUGGAUCUGUGCUGGAAGGACGAGCUUGAGCAUGAUGACCACUGUGCAGUGUGUAAAGAGGAAGGAGACCUUCAGCAGUGCCAUACCUGCACCCGCGCCUACCACCUAGACUGCUUACAUCCUCCCCUCAAAUCCCCGCCCAAGGGUAUGUGGAUGUGCCCCAAGUGCCAGAAGAAGGUUCUGAAUAAAGAGAACUUGUCUUGGCCACAUAACUUUGUCCAGUCUUACGUUACACACAAAACAGUGAGAGAGGAGGAGAAGAGAAAGCUGAUAAGGAGGAACAGUGAGCUGAAGAAAGAGUGCGCCCACCUUAAAGAAGAAGACCAGCGGCUCAGCAAGUCUCUCUCGAAAUGCAUGGAUCUGAAGGAGCGCCUCCUGAGCCAGCAGAGGGAGACUCAGGCCUCACUGGAGCGCCUCAAGACUCUGAUCCGCCUGAUCCAGCGCGACCACAUGAUCCAGGUCACUAUGACGGCCACCACCACCACAGGAGCCUCUCUGCUCUCCCUGCCCUGGAUCAAACCCACCAGCAGCAGCAGCAGCAGCAGCUCCCCCAGCACCACAGCGCCCCCUGCGGGCCCCGCCGCACUACUGCAGAAGAGCGUGGCCCAGUCACAGGGCAACAACUGACCCCAGAGCAGGCAAAAAAAAACAAGAAAAAGAAAAAACGCAACAACAACAACAAGAAAAACAUUUACACAUGACUGAGCGAGCGGCUACAGAACAGACGUGCGUUUCUUUUACCACAUACAGCUCUUCCAGGGACCUGGAGAGUGAUAUCUUAACCAUUGUGGAGUUUUUCUUUUUUCUUUUUGCAAGAGCAGUAAUGUUUUCAGAAAAGAAAUCCUUUAAAAAAAUUCUGAAAAAAAAAAUACUACAAAAAGGAAACUACAGUAUAUCCUUCACUCGAUUCAUGACAAGUAUUUUUUAAACCCAACACCUACAGUGCUUACGAGAUUUUUUUUAAACUUAUCGUUUUUUAAUUUAAUAAAUGUUCUUGGCCUUAACGUAUUUACGACAUUUAAAAAAUAAUAAAAAAAACAAAAAAAAAACAAAGCAGAUAACAGUGCCGUCAUGAAUAUGCGAAAUAAGUAUUCUACGCGGCCACAGCCUUUUCUUUUUAGUAUGUUUUGCGUUUUUUUAACAGGGAGGGGAGGGGAUAAUAACCGUUCUGCAUAUAGCGAGAGAGAACAUUAGAGUAGUGGUAGACGAAAACAAGAGAGCAGGAGACAUAUGAGAAGUGGAGAGGAGUGUACGCUGAUCUAUCCAAGCAGAUAACUGUUCUCAUUCUCCUAUGAACAAUGAUUGCCAUAAUAAUUCAGGUGAAAGAGAGACGGGGAAAUGUUUGUUUUUUCUUCAUUGUGUAUGUACUUACGAGCAUACGAGCCUUCAAACAAACAAAUGAGAAAAAAAAGCAGAGAAUAACUUUUUUCAGUAUUAAUAGAGUUGAGAUAAAGGAACAAAGUAUUUAAGAUGACUACGAAAUUUAGCAUUUCUAGUGCAGAAUUUUAGUAUUUUCAUGCUGAUGCCUGUUCAUAAUUGUGAAUUGAAGUAUUGGAGAGAGGGGAAUUGUACAUAUGUUGUAUUGUUAUUACAGGUCCUUCUAAUUUCUCUUCUGUAUUGUUACUCCAAAUCACAGCCACACAAAUGGUGUUCCUUUAUUUUCCCGUUGCACUGACAACAAAAAAGCGGACAUUUGGAAGGGCCAUUCGAUUUCCAGUGAGCGUGUGAACCUGUCACCAAAACCCUUUCUUUUCUUUUCACCAGUAUAUAAGAUAAGCCAAAAAAAAAGACCCUUACAUUUUUGUACUGGGAACUUUCCCAUUUUUUCACCACCGUCUCGCUUAUCUGUCCUGUCCAUAUGUCUGAUUUUUUACUUUGAAGCUGUUUGUUUCUUUUAUUAUCAUCCAACGACAUCAUGUACAACAUCGCAUAUUCUUGC